AAGUAAUAGUCACAUGACACGUUUCCCGUCAAGAUGGCGGAUACUCUCCCCUCGGAGUUUGAUGUAAUCGUAAUAGGGACGGGUUUGCCUGAAUCCAUCAUUGCAGCUGCCUGUUCAAGAAGUGGCCAGAGAGUUCUGCACGUUGAUUCAAGAAGCUACUAUGGAGGAAACUGGGCCAGUUUUAGCUUUUCAGGACUGUUGUCCUGGCUAAAGGAAUAUCAGGAAAACAGUGACAUUGUAAAUGACAGUCCAGUGUGGCAAGACCAUAUCCUUGAAAAUGAAGAAGCCAUUGCUCUUAGCAGGAAGGACAAAACUAUUCAACAUGUGGAAGUAUUUUGUUAUGCCAGUCAGGAUUUGCAUGAAGAUGUCGAAGAAGCUGGUGCACUGCAGAAAAAUCAUGCUCUUGUUACAUCUACAAACUCCACAGAAGCUGCAGCUUCUGCCUGCCUGCCUACGGAGGAUGAGUCAUUAAGCACUGUGAGCUGUGAAAUGCUCAUAGAACAAACUCCAAGCAGUGAUUCAGAGAGUGCACAAGAAGUAAAUGGUGCUGAAGUGACAGGGGAAAAAGAAAACCAUUGUGAUGAUAAAACUUGUGUGCCAUCAGCUUCAACAGAGGAAAUGAGUGAAAAUGUACCUAUAGCAGAAGAUACCACAGAGCAACCAAAGAAAAAUAGAAUUACUUACUCGCAAAUUAUUAAAGAAGGCAGGAGAUUUAAUAUUGAUUUAGUAUCAAAGCUGCUGUAUUCGCGAGGAUUACUAAUUGAUCUUCUAAUCAAAUCUAAUGUUAGUCGAUAUGCAGAGUUUAAAAAUAUUACCAGGAUUCUGGCAUUUCGCGAUGGAAGAGUGGAACAGGUACCUUGUUCCAGAGCAGAUGUCUUUAAUAGCAAACGACUUUCUAUGGUAGAAAAGCGAAUGCUAAUGAAAUUUCUUACAUUUUGUAUGGAAUAUGAGAAAUAUCCUGAUGAAUAUAAAGGCUAUGAAGAGAUUACAUUUUAUGAAUAUUUAAAAACCCAAAAAUUAACCCCCAAUCUUCAAUAUAUUGUCCUGCAUUCAAUUGCAAUGACAUCACACACAGCCAGCAGUACCAUAGAUGGUCUCAAAGCUACCAAAAACUUUCUUCGCUGUCUUGGGCGGUAUGGCAAUACUCCAUUUUUAUUUCCUUUAUAUGGACAAGGAGAACUCCCCCAGUGUUUCUGCAGGAUGUGUGCUGUGUUUGGUGGAAUUUAUUGUCUUCGCCAUUCAGUACAGUGCCUUGUAGUGGACAAAGAAUCCAGAAAAUGUAAAGCAAUUAUAGAUCAGUUUGGUCAGAGAAUAAUCUCUAAGCAUUUCCUCGUGGAGGACAGUUACUUUUCUGAGAACACAUGCUCACGUGUGCAAUACAGGCAGAUCUCCAGGGCAGUGCUGAUCACAGAUAGAUCUGUCCUAAAAACAGAUUCAGAUCAACAGAUUUCCAUUUUGACAGUGCCAGCAGAGGAACCAGGAACUUUUGCUGUUCGGGUCAUUGAGUUAUGUUCUUCAACGAUGACAUGCAUGAAAGGCACCUAUUUAGUUCAUUUGACGUGUACGUCUUCUAAAACAGCAAGAGAAGAUUUAGAACCAGUUGUGCAGAAAUUGUUUAUUCCAUAUACUGAAGUGGAGAUAGAAAAUGAACAAGUUGAAAAGCCAAGAAUUCUGUGGGCUCUUUACUUCAAUAUGAGAGAUUCGUCGGACAUCAGCAGGAGCUGUUAUAAUGAUUUACCACCCAACGUUUAUGUCUGCUCUGGCCCAGAUUGUGGUUUAGGAAAUGAUAAUGCAGUUAAACAGGCUGAAACACUUUUCCAGGAAAUCUGCCCCAAUGAAGAUUUCUGUCCCCCUCCACCAAAUCCUGAACACAUUGUCCUUGAUGGAGACGGUUUACAGCCAGAGGCUUCAGAAUCCAAUGCCAUACCAGAGGCUAACUCAGAGACUCUCAAGGAAAGCAGAAACCUUGGAAACCUUGGAAACCCAGAGGAGCCCUCUGAAUAAUGGAUACACACUAAACUGAAUACCCCACUUUGGAAAUUUCUACUGGUCUCAGAGCCUGCUUGAUAGAAGGACUGUUUGAAAAAUGUUAAAAAGCAGCAGCAGUUAUAAGGCAAAAUAGGUAAUAGAAAUCCGAAAGGGGAUUUUCCUUAUAGAGGACAUUCCAAGAACACACAACACUUAUAAAGCACAUUGACUUGCUCAUUUUAAAUACCAGACUUGAGUAACUAGCAGAUGAAAAUUAUAAAUCAUUUGAUUCUCAGGAAUGUGACUAUGGAUAUGAAAUUGAUCCUAUGCAUUGUUAAUAAUUAAGUGGUUUUAGGACAACUUUGUUUGCCACUUUGGGUCUUCAUUGGAAAGCCACAUUUUCAGAACCGGCUCAUGUAUUUUCUUUGAUUAUUUGAAUUAGUUUAUUAAUAACAGCAUUAUAACAUAAGGAUAAAAACAUAUACAGAAAAACUAAGGUAUCAUAAUCUAGAUAGAAGCCUGUAUUUGGAAUAUGUGUUUGUUUUGUUUUGCUUUGCUUUCUAUGUUGAGAAGCAUUGAAAAUGCUAAUAUUAAGGUGUUUACACAUGUUUAUGAACGAGUCAGUAGUUUUUUUUUAGUAUCAGUGAUAUUCGUUUGUAAAUUAUUUACAUAUUGGGAAGGGUCAGUAAUAAAAAAAUGAAAGAAUGGAAGGAAAGGCAUGGAUAGACUCAUAAUAGCAAUGAGUAUUUGGAUGUUCUGUCUGUCAGGUAACUAGAGUACUAGGCUAAUUGUCUACAGACCUAAUUUAAUCCUGGCUGUCCUGCUGAUGAUAUUUGGUAAAUUGUUUUAACUUCUUAGCGUAUGUUUCUCCAUAUAUAGUAGUACCGUGCCUACUGUAUGAUAUGACAAUGGUUAUGAAGACAAAUGCAGUGCCAUCUUUAGUAUGGCAUCACUGGAAGAAAAUUGUUUUAGAAUUUUCCCACUGACUUGAUGAUUAUCAAAAGUCUCACGCAGGAAAUAAUUGCCUGCUGUCAGCUUCAAACAAAAUAGAUCACAGCAUUUUUAUUGCAUUAAGCUUUUUAAAUGAAAAUUUCUUUUUUAAAUUAGUAUUUUAUAGUUUUACAGAGGAGUAAAAAUAGUAGCAAGUAGAAUUGUGGUUUUGAAAUGUGACUAAGGAAAACACUCUAUAAAUUGUUCCUAUUCCUUAUCUGGUAGGUAAACCUGCAACCACCAAGGACUUCAAAUUGAGUAUGACAGUUGGUAAGCCCUAAUAUACAUGCUACAUAAAAAUGUUAGGGCUGCCAGUAAUCCCAGCACUUUGGGAAGCUGAGGUGGUUAGAUCACUUGA